AUUCUUUGGGGGAAAAGGGGGUUUGUGCUGUCCGUGAUACGGGCUUCGUUGGGUGGUGACGCGGCUGCCCAGGAGAAGCGAAGAGGAUGGCAGCCUGGUUUACCUUUACAGUUGCGUUCAGCACCACGUUGAUAACACAGGUAUUCGGUGCCGGUGUGUUUGAGAUCGACCUCCAUGAGUUUAGGAAUCACAAAGCGAUGCUGGCCAACGGGAACGCGUGCACACCCAGCUGCAGGACUUUCUUUAGAGUUUGCUUGAAGAACUACCAGGCGGUUGUCUCGCCAGGUGACUGCAUCUUUGGGAGCGAAAUGACACCGGUUCUGGGGACCAACUCUUUCAGCGCAAAGGACAGCGGCACGUUUACCACUCCGAUCCGAGUGCAAGUCAACUUUGGAUGGCCGGGUUCGUUUUCACUGAUCAUUGAAGCCUGGCAUUCGCCUCAAGAAAGUGCGCCUAUAGACACCAACAACACGGACAUGCUGAUCAGCUUCUUCUCCAUCCAGAGACAGAUGGGGGUGGGCAGCGAGUGGUCCCAGGACUCCCAGUCUGGCAGGCAGACAGAGCUCCGCUACUCCUACCGCUUUGUCUGCCAAGAGAACUACUACGGGGAGAGCUGCUCCAAGAAGUGCAUGUCCCGGGACGACCGAUUCGGCCACUACACGUGCACCCGUGACGGACAGCUGUCCUGCAUGGCAGGGUGGAAGGGCAAAUACUGUGAAGAACCAAUAUGCCUGGAUGGCUGCAGUGAGAGGAAUGGAAACUGUUCCAGACCGGGAGAGUGUGUCUGCAGAGAAGGCUGGCAGGGUCCCUUCUGCGACGAGUGCAAGAAAUACCCCGCCUGCAAGCACGGGACCUGCCAACAGCCAUGGCAGUGCAACUGCCAGGAGGGCUGGGGGGGCCUGUUCUGUGACCAAGAUUUGAACUUCUGCACACAUCACCGGCCAUGUGUGAACGGAGCCACCUGCAUGAACACGGGCCAGGGCAGCUACACGUGUACCUGUCUGCCCGGCUUCACAGGCGUCAACUGUGAGCUGGAGAUGCAGGAGUGUGACAGCAACCCCUGCAGGAACGCAGGCAUAUGCACAAACCUGGAUAGCGGCUACACGUGCACCUGCCUCCCCGGGUUUGAGGGCUCCCACUGCGAGCACAGCCUCCUGACGUGCGGCGACGCCUCUUGCUUCCACGGCGGCCAGUGCCGCGAGAAGGACAACGGCCGCAGCUACGUGUGCGAGUGUCCCCACGGCUAUACGGGACUCAACUGCGAAAAGAGGGUGGACAAGUGCACCUCGCUUCCCUGCGCCAACGGCGGGCUGUGCGUCAUCCACAGCGGCAUGCGCGUGUGCAGCUGUCGGGCGGGCUUCACGGGCCAGCGCUGCGAGAUCAACGUCAACGAGUGCGCCGACAACCCCUGCGUCAACGGCGGCACCUGCCUGGACCACACCAACGACUACAAGUGCGCCUGCCUCCCGGGCUACGGCGGCCGCAACUGCGACCGGCUGCUGGACGAGUGCGCCCUUCGACCCUGCGCCAACGGCGGCCUCUGCACCGGGGGAGGGGGUCCGGGCAAGCCCCCCACCGCCUGCCUCUGCCCGCCGGGCUUCGCGGGGUCCCGCUGCGAGUACCCGGACGCCGUGACCUUCCCCGUGGUCAGACCUGACCACGGGCCGGAUAGCUUCCCGUGGGCGGCGGUGGUGUUGGCCGUGGGGUUGGUGGCGCUGCUGGUGCUGCUGUGCAUGGUGGGCCUGGCCAUGAGGCACGUCCACAGGCAGGCCCGGCAGGGCGGGGGAGACACGGAGACCAUGAACAACCUGUCCAACGUCCAGCGGGACAACCUGAUCCCGGCGUCGCAACUCAAAAACACCAACCAGAAGGCGGGUCUGGAGGUGGACUGCGAGUCGGAGAAGUCGAACUUUAACCGUAAAAACUAUCACUUGGACACGUACGGCUCGAAGGCCAAGGAGUUCAAGGAGGACUCGUCGCAGGAGGGGAAAGGUCUAAUUUAUGACAAGUGUUUAGAAGAAAAAGUGCCAUUGAGUCGAAUGUACAGUGAAAAGCCAGAGUGUAGGAUAUCAGCGAUAUGCUCCCCCAGAGACUCCAUGUACCAGUCGGUGUUUGUUAUAGCGGAGGAGCGACGGGAGUGCGUCAUCGCAACCGAGGUAUAAAGCAUGGAGUCCAGUCGGCCCUUGAGUGGGAAGAAACACACAAUCGAGUCAGAAUACCACAUUCUGGAUUGUUUACAAAUGAGGAGAAGAAAGGCUCCCGAUUGUUUUGGACAAAAAGUGCUGCUCUGGAACACUUGAGAAGUGAGGAACUUGGCAGAACCUUCGGUUUGCUCUGCGGCACAGACAUGAACCACAUCAGAGAACUCUCUCCUCUGGAACCGCGUGGUCACAUAUAGAGACAUGUACAGAAAAGAAGGUGGCCUUGUUUGUGGGAACGGCGACCUGGACUGCCUUUGAUGCCCGGCUGACUCAGACUUUUCUGACUUUGGGGCCGUCAGUUCAAAUAAUGAAUCACUCCUUGACGACUGCAAGAGGAGACGGAUAAUACAGCCCCCCCUUGUCGUCGAACUGGCCUUGUGCGAUAAUCAUUGAACCAAUCAAAACGGAGGUGCCGGUGAUGGGAAUCCCAUGCUCAUGCUCCCACCAGCUGUGCGUGCUAUGCAAGACUCGGGGUGGAAACUUGCAACACUCGCCCGCCCGUCGAAGAACGAAACGCAGACAGUACAAACUCUUAGAGCUCUGAACGUCUGAGAAAUAAUAUCCAACUUGUCAAUCAAACACACGCAAAAAAGCAAAUGAACGAUCCGACUUUUCCGUGCAUCAGUAAAGAUUGUAUGCAGCCCAAAUUCACUAGAAGCCUUAAAAGAAUGGGGUAUGGGAGGGUUUGAUGCUAAAUUCGUGCCCUUGACUCUUCUUGGAUCAUUUGCACUACAAAAAACAGCGGGGUGAGGUGGGGGAACUAUUUUUUAAUCAACGAAUCGGAGGGGAAACCACAGAAGCGCAAUAGUCGGUGCUGUGCCAGCAAGAUCCAAGAAGAGAGGGAUUCAAAAUGGGUAUUUUUAUGCAACCCAACCUAAAAAUAUGAAGAGACUGAACACGAACAAGACUGUCACACCACUGCCUGCCUAUCACACAAAAUUAAAAAUACAGAACCAAUAAUGUAAUUUUUUUAAAGUGAUGAUUAUUUGAAGAGUUUAAUUUAAAUAUGAAAAACUGUUCUUUAUAUGUUUUAUAAUUUUAUUUUGUAUAUAAUGCAUAUUUAUAAGGACCAAACUUCUGAAGAAUAAAACUUUAAUUUCUUCUCAACUGUUCUUAAUUUGAUGCUAGUGAAUGGAAAAGGAAAUUAUUUUUGAGGUGUUUUUAAAUAAUGAAAUGCGUACAAACCACA